AAGAUCAAGAGAAGGACAGCUUCUUGGUGAGGUACUAUAGGUAUGGCUACAGUUAGGACAUACGCAGAAGAGUGCUCGUAUUUGGAGAAGGUAUCAGACUGCAGCUACAGGAUAAAGAAAGGAUUUGUCCCCAAUAUGAAGGUUGAGGGGCUGUUUUAUGUGAAUGAUUUCCUCAAGAACUUGAUGUACGAUGAAUUAAAGCAUCAUUCCGCAUCACAAGGUGUUGGGGGUUUCUUACCAGCUGUCAAACAGAUUGCCAAUGUUGCAGCUCUACCAGGAAUUGUCGGGCACUCAGUUGGUCUUCCUGAUGUCCACUCUGGCUAUGGGUUUGCCAUUGGUAACAUGGCUGCCUUCGAUGUCAACGACCCCCAAGCAGUGGUUUCUCCAGGCGGUGUUGGUUUUGACAUCAACUGUGGAGUGCGUCUGGUGAGGACCAAUCUGUUUGAGAAGGACGUCCAGCCUAUCAAAGAGCAGCUGGCACAGUCACUGUUUGAUCACAUCCCCGUGGGAGUGGGUUCCAAGGGAGUCAUUCCAAUGAACGCCAAGGACCUAGAGGAUGCCCUUGAGAUGGGUAUGGACUGGUCCCUAAGGGAGGGCUAUGCGUGGGCAGAGGACAAGGAGCACUGUGAGGAGUAUGGCCGUAUGCUCCAGGCCGACCCCUCCAAGGUCUCCACGAGGGCCAAGAAGAGGGGACUGCCACAGCUGGGCACGUUGGGUGCCGGCAACCACUACGCUGAGAUCCAGGUGGUGGACGAGAUCUACGAUAAGCUGGCAGCUGCCAAGAUGGGUGUGGAGAGUAAAGGGCAGGUAUGUGUAAUGAUUCACAGUGGCAGUAGAGGACUGGGACAUCAGGUGGCCACUGAUGCUCUAGUUGAGAUGGAGAAGGCCAUGUCACGAGACAAGAUCCAUGUCAACGAUCGUCAGCUGGCCUGUGCCCACAUCUCCUCUCGUGAGGGCCAAAACUACCUCAAGGGCAUGGCCGCAGCUGCCAACUAUGCUUGGGUCAACAGGUCCAGCAUGACCUUUCUCACAAGACAGGCAUUUGCCAAGGCAUUUAAUUCCACCCCUGAUGAUCUGGACAUGCACAUUGUCUACGAUGUGUCUCACAACAUCGCCAAAGUGGAGGAGCACGUGGUGGAUGGUAGAGAGCGUACACUGCUAGUUCAUCGUAAGGGAUCGACCCGAGCCUUCCCCCCUCACCACCCCCUCAUACCAGUUGACUAUCAGCUCACAGGACAGCCCGUGCUCAUUGGGGGGACCAUGGGAACUUGCAGUUAUGUGCUGACUGGCACAUCGAAAGGCUUCACCGAAACAUUUGGGUCCACCUGUCACGGAGCUGGUCGUGCCUUGUCAAGAGCAAAGUCAAGACGUACUAUAGAUUACCAGGAGGUAUUGGACGCCCUGUCUGAGAAGGGUAUUGCUAUUCGAGUGGCCUCACCCAAGCUUGUCAUGGAAGAGGCACCUCAAUCUUACAAGAAUGUCACAGAUGUUGUCGAUACUUGUCAUGCAGCUGGAAUCAGCAAGAAAGCAAUUAAGUUGAGACCUAUCGCAGUGAUCAAGGGUUGAUGAAUCAUCAUGCAUGACUCUGUUUAUUGUUGAUUUCUGUGUUUUUACGCCACUUUGUUGAUUGCUGACUAUUGCUGACUGUGCACAAACGUUUAUUUAUAAAAAUGAUGUUCUUGGAUAUUGA